AUGAGAUUAAAGUUAAAAUCAAAAACAGGUGCAUGCACCAUAAAUAUAGAAGAUACAAAACCAUUCAAGGAAUUCUUAGAAGAUAUAGAUAAAAACCUACAAUUACAUAGACAAUCUGAAAUACUACAUCUGAUCAAAUUAGGCUAUCCACCAAAACCAUUAGAUUUACAAGAUAUACUACCCGAAACAACAAUUUCGGAUAAAGGAAUUAAAGAUGGUGAUCAAUUGAUAAUAGAAUUUAAACCUGGAGUAUUACAUAAACGACAAUUAUCAAGUUCUCCAGAAAUACCAUUAGCGCCACCCAUUAAGAGGAAACAACCACCAAGUGAAGAAAUUCCAUCUAUUUAUAUGCAAGAUUUACAGAAAUAUCUUAUACUUCGAAAUAUUCCUGAUGAUAAUUCAUGUUUAUUUAAUUCAAUUUCAUAUGCAUUGUUUGGAUAUGAUUCAUUCAAGACAUUUUCACCUCCUCAUAAUUUACGAGAGAUUGUUGUUAGUUAUAUUGAAAAAGAUCCGGAACUUUAUUCUGAAUUAGUAUUGGGAAGACCAAGACAAGAUUAUUGUGAUUGGAUCAGGAAAAAGGAUUCUUGGGGUGGUGCAAUUGAAUUAGGAAUAUUGGCAGAUUGGUAUAAUGUUCGAAUUGUAUGUAUUGAUAUUGAACUGGGGAAUUUUAUUCGAUUUGAAAAUGAAAAAGAACGAGCUAAAAGAUAUAUUAUAUUGAUAUAUAGUGGGAUUCAUUAUGAUUUAUUAAGUAUGAAUGAAGUUUUAUCUACUAAAGAUUGUGAUAAAGCAAAUGAUGUAUCAAAUUGGUCACUCGAAGAUAGCAAAGAAGAAGAAAUAAUACUUGCAUCAAGUCAGAAAUUAUGUAAACUAUUACAAUCACAGGAUUAUGCAACUAAUACUACUACUUUUAGAGUAAGAUGUCUUGAUUGUUUACAAAUUCUUGUUGGAGAAAUGGGUGCAUCAAAACAUGCGGAAGAUACUGGACAUGUGAAUUUUGGUGAAGUGACUAAGUUGAAAACUCUGAUAGUAUAG